GGUGAUUGGUUCUUUGAAGUUAAUGUUUCUAUUCACAAUCACGAGCCGUAUGAUCCUGAGGAUGGCACUCCAGCCGAGGAGGCUGCUCGUAGUGAAGGAACCGGUGCAGCAGGAGGAUAUUCGGGUGUGAGGCCAUGGUAUACAGGCCUAGUCGGCGUUCCUUUUAGUCAGCAAUUGGACGGUGGCCAUCUAGGCGCUUUCCGCUUCUAGACUAGCUA